AUGCCUGUUGAAUUUAUUAGUUUGACGUUUCCGAACGCCUCCACUGAGAUCAAGCCAAUUCCUAAUGCAACGAUCGAUCCAGAAUAUCUGGAGCGCUACGCGCGAAACCUAGAUGAUUAUGCGUUCAACUACACAUUGGUGCCCUACGACUCAUCGUACUUCGACCCCUGGACAAUAGGUGCCACUAUCGCAGCCAAGACGAAAAAUCUCAAGAUUAUCAUUGCUCUUCGGCCAAACACAUUGUACCCCACCGUCGCAGCGAAGGCGCUCGCGACGCUGGACCAACUCAGUUCCGGCCGUGUAGUCGUUCAUUUCAUUGCUGGAGGCAGUGAUGCCGAACAAGCAAAGGAAGGCGACUUCCUGACCAAGGAGCAACGCUAUGCCCGUCUGGAGGAAUAUAUCCGAAUUCUCCGCCGGGCGUGGGAAUCGCCAGACCCCUUUGACUGGGAUGGCGAAUACUACAAGUUCAAGCAGUUUUCCAACAAGGUUCGUCCUACAAAGGAGACUAUCCCUAUCUCCGUGGGUGGAUCGUCCGACGACGCCUAUCGUAUUGGUGGUGCACUGGCCGAUAUCUUUGGGCUUUGGGGAGAACCAUUAAAGGAGACCAAGGAGCAGAUUGAGAAAAUCUAUGCCGCAGCCGAAAAGGCUGGCCGGUCUGAUCGGCCUCGCAUCUGGGUGACCUUCCGACCCAUCAUCGCGGAGACAGAAGAACUGGCCUGGGCGAAGGCACACCGCACGCUGGAUGCGCUUCAGGCAAAUCGCCCCGGUGGCCAGGGCAACACGCCUUCUCAGCCGCAGAACGUUGGAUCUCAACGGCUGCUAGAUAUUGCGGCUCGUGGUGAGGUGCAGGAUCGCGCGCUUUGGUACCCCACAGUUGUUGCCACGAAUGCUCGGGGAGCAUCGACUGCACUAGUUGGGUCUUACCAGACGAUUGUGGACUCGAUCUUGGAUUAUGUUGACUUGGGUGCGGAACUGAUCUCCAUUCGUGGAUAUGAUAACCUGAACGACGCGAUCGACUACGGGCGAUAUAUUCUGCCACCAGUUCGGCAGGCACUGCAGGAGCGGGGAGCCCAAUCUGCGGCUUAG